GGACAUGAACAACAUCCUUCAGUCAUGUGGUCGGCAGACGCUCACAUUGGCUCUAGUGCGAGCCGGAUGCCGCAAAGGGGCGUGGUAUGGCUUCACAACGUUCGAGGCUAAAACGUGGGACCCGCAGCAAAAAGCUUUCAGCCGUCUGCAUAUUGUGCAACGCGCCAAGGACGUGCGUGUGCAGACUGUGGGUCAGAACUUGUUUCCCGGAGACGUGUUGACGCACGUGGACGGAACCCCGGCUGACAAGAUGAGUCAUUCGAUCCUGCGGCAGUACAUGGCCAAGGCGCGGCCGGAGAUCCAGGUCACCAUCGCGCCUCUGUCGCCGCUGCGACGCAAGCGGCCCUCAUCCACACGCCUGCACGAGACGUUCAUGUCCGACGACAGCGUCGGUGAACCUAGCAGCGUGGCAGCUGACAUCAACGAAUGACGACGCAACCGAGGUCGGGAAGUGUUGCAGGUGGCAAGAGCGCGUGCUUGCACUCUGGUUGAGUGCUAGCUACUUUUUUUUUGUU